AUGGCGCUAAUAAAUAGUGUACGGAGCUGGUUUCACACUCAUUAUAAACUCUAUUUUCUAUGUGAAUGUUCACAUGAGCCACAUGAAAUGCAUGUUGCUCCACAUGAGGGCUAUUCAAUUAAAACACCACAAGAAUUCAUUGUUAGAUAUGCACCGUAUUUGAGAACAACAAUUAAAAUUGCACAACUCUUGCUCUCACUUGGUGGUCUUGUCAUUCCACAGCUCGGAAGUGCGUCAACAGCUAUCAAGCAUGUAUUACCAUCAAAAUUCGACAAUGAUCAAUAUUAUGAAGACAUGAAAAAUCAAUUAAAAAUGAUCGACUCCCUAAUCAAUAGAUACGACAAUCAACACAAGCAUCCAGAUACUUCUGUGACUGGCCAACAAAAAUCAAUUGUAGCACCAUUACAAGGUGCAGAUCUACGUGAACUUGAAAGUUAUCUUGAGCGUGUUGAUAAUAAGCGUAGCCUAGGAAACUUAUAUCGAACAGUCACAGUUGAUGGUCAUGUCCGUUGGGUUUGUCUCCAGCACUACGAUGAAAUUAGCUUCAAUAAUGAAAUGCGUAAAUAUAUUAGUGAUUUUGAAGCCAUGGGAGGUAAGUUUGACCUUAAGACCAAAGCUGCAGUGGUAAUUCAAGUGAAAAUUACUGGCAAGAACGUUAAAAUGAUGUGUGAGGCUCUUACAAAAGGUUUUAACAUUGUAGAGUUGAUGCUCCAGGAUUCUUCGAUUUCUGAAGAUGAUCUCAAAACGCUGCUCGAUGUCAUCAUUAACCGUUCUUCCAUCCGUUGCCUACGUAUGACUAAUGUUGGUGUUCGUAAUUUUUUGGGCAUGGUGAAAUAUACCUCUGCAUAUAUGGUGAUAGAAUUCAAUAAUCAACUAUUAAAAGUUCGUCUCUCCGACGUUAAUCAAGAUGCAAAUAUACCGAUACUAACUCAACUGUUGCAACAAAACAAAAUAUAUAAGAAACUAGAUUUUUCUGCAAGUGACUAUCUCUGGUAUGAGGGUAAUUUUCGACGAUGUUUAGAAGAGAACAAAAUACUGACAGGAUUAACUGUAGAGCAUCUCAACAAUAUCGAUAUCAUCAAUUCUAUAUUUCAUUUGAAAACAAACACACUAAAUCAACUAAAACUGAUUGGUUCGUUGUGUAUUCCAUCAACUUUAUCUCAUUUUUGUGAAAUGUUGAAAAACAAUAAAACUCUACAUGAUAUUGAUCUAAUGGAUCUCGCUGACUUUGAAGACGAAACUUUUGUAAUUAAUCUUUUGCGUAUAUUGAGAGAUCACAAAUCAAUCAAAUCACUCAGUCUACAUAUUCAAGGUAUACGACCAUCGGAUCAAAUAGAAAGUCAUCUGAUUAAAUCAUUACAAAGUGAUCAUUUUAUGAGACGUCUCUUCGUACCAACUAUUCCUGAUAAUGCACGAUGGGCACAGAAUGGAGUGACUGUGGCUGGAGGCCAUGGGGAAGGCAGUACCAACAAUAAACUCUGUAGCCCUUAUUUUCUCUGUGUUGUUGAUGAUGAUCAAAUAGGGAUCAUUGCUGACACAUGGAAUCAUCGUAUCAUCCAAUGGAAGUUUGGUAAAAGGAAUGGACAAGUUAUUGCUGGUGGCAAUGGCAACGGAAAUCGAUUAGAUCAAUUGCAUUGUCCAACUGAUAUUUUGAUCGACAAAGAGACGAAUAGUUUCAUUAUUUGUGAUCGAAAUAAUCGACGAGUUGUACGAUGGUCUCGUCAUGAUGGAACAACACGAGGAGAAAUCCUGAUUGAUAGCACCCAUUGUUACGGAUUAGCAAUGGAUGAUCAGAGAUAUCUCUAUGUCUCGGACUUCGAAAAACAUGAAGUAAGACGAUAUCAAUUGGGUGAUAAGAAUGGAAUUCGCAUUGCUGGUGGGAAUGGACGAGGUAAUGAUCUCAAUCAAUUCAACUAUCCGACACAUCUCUUUGUCGAUCGACAACAAAGUGUCUACGUGUCAGACUGGCAUAAUCAUCGUGUAAUGAAAUGGAUUAAAGGUGCCAAAGAAGGAAUUGUUGUCGCUGGAGGUCAAGGCUACGGGAGUGAGCUGACACAAGUGUAUCCUGUAGGGCUCUUUGUCGAUACAUUGGGUACAGUUUAUGUGGCAGAUGAGCAGAACCAUCGAGUAGCACGUUGGCCUCAAGGUGCAAAGCAGGGCACUGUAAUUGUGGGUGGACAUGGUUCAGGAGCAGAAGCAAAUCAAUUUAUCUACCCCAAUGGUUUGUCUUUCGAUUGUCAUAACAAUCUCUAUGUUGUCGAUAAGGAUAAUAAUCGUGUUCAGCGGUUUUCACUUGAAUGA